AUGGGCUUCGGCCUUAAGUGGAGGGGAUGGAUUCAGGAGUGUGUUUGCUUGGCGUCGAUGUCGAUUCUUAUAAAUGGGUCACCCUCUAAACCCUUCAAAAUGGAAAGGGGUCUACGACAAGGAGAUCCAUUAUCUCAUUUUCUAUUUGUGCUAGUUGUUGAUGUUCUUCAUAGGAUGAUUGGGGAGGCGGUGAGGAAUGGUCGCAUCUCUCCGCAAUUGGUUGGUCAGGAUGAUAUUGCGCUGUCGCAAUUGCAGUUUGCAGAUGAUACUAUCAUAUUCUGUCCUACUGAGGAAGAGACCAUCAGGAACUACAAAAGGUUGUUGCGCUGUUUUGAGUUGAUUUCUGGAUUGAGUAUCAACUUUGAGAAGUCCAACUUUAUUCCGGUUAAUGGUGAUAAGCAGUGGGCACACAAGAUGUGUUGUUUGCUAGGUUGUGAGGAAACGUCUUUAUCAGUCUGA